CUUAGCUAACUUGACAUAGGUAGAAGGUUGCAGCUUGCUAGUAAAGAUUCAGAGAUGUUGGAGCGUGAAUACCGGUGAAAUGUUACUGAAAUUUAGGUUUCAGGAAAUACUCGUUUUAUUCUUUACCCCAUGGUGUAUUGUUUAGAAGAAUACUCUGUCCUAUGAGACGGUGAUCUACGCUGAGGAUACCUUUCUUUUGGUCAGGGAUUUGAGAAAGAUAGCUAGCUAGGUUAGCUUAGCAAGCGCGACUGUACAGUUUGGGUCUUAGAUACAACGUUAGGUUUCAAAGCUCUACAGUACUGUCAUGUAAGGAAUGUUUUCUUUUUAUCACAUUGUAUACAUUUUAAUGUUAGCCAGAUAGGUAAAGUUAGAUUUAUUUUGUCCGUUUACUAACGCAUUACUGCAUCUAACGUAAGUUUAGUGGGGUAAUGCUAACAAAAUACCUUGGAAAGCGUUGCUAGCCAAGGUUAGCUGUCAUUUUUGUUAGCUAGCUAAAACAAGCUAGUUAGAUAACUUCAAGUUAGCUAAUAUAACGUUAACUAUCUAGUUAUGGUGUUACUAAAAAUGGCAUGUGCACCAUGAUCACGUAAUUCACUUUAAGUUGCGACAGCUAGCUGGGAACUGUCAUUUUUGGGUGAGGUCUACACAGCCACAGGAAGGGUUUGGUUUUCCUGGGUUUUCUGCUACACCAAUUGAGUUGGGCAACUUGUUAGCUAGAUAUUCUAGGCUACUUGUAGCUGUCAGAACAACGGCCUUAACUAUUCUAUAAAACCGGUGACAUCAGCCUGUUCGGAAGUUACACUGUCGAUUCCUAUAUUUUGCCAGCUAGCUAGGUCCAAAACAUUUAUUAACUGCGAGUAGCGUACAGUAGUCACUGCAGCCUUUAUUUACUACGACACGGUACUAGAUUCAAGGCUUGUCAUUUAGGGAAAUACAUUACCGCACUUGACGUGCUGCACUUGACAUUCAUUGUCACAUGUUAACUGAAAACAGGAAACGCCAGCGGAGUGCAGGCGAUGAGGAGAAUGGCCAGCUGGUGCCUCAGGCAAAAAGGUCAAGCAGAGGAUCUAAUCCCCUCUCUCCUGAGCUGGGCCGGGAUGCCUGGGACUCAGAGUCGUCCAACAGCGAGACCAGUGCCAUUAGCAGUCCAGACAAUGCAUCGGGGAGCAGCAGCAGUAGCCAGUGUGCCUCGGACAGCCUCGGUGGGGCCCAGCCACGUGUCCCCGGGCCCUGCAGCCCUCUCAGCUCCUGCCUGGCCUCAGAGCUAGCUGGCCCCACAGAUUUGGCGUCUUACCACCAAAUCAACCGAAUCCUGCGAGAGGCCCACUUUGAGAGCCUGCAGUGCCGGGGCAAUCCCAGAGACACAUGAGGACCCUGUCCAUUCCAGAGAUGCCUCUCUGGGUCACGGGACGACUGAACCUCACCCUGGGCAUGCCCAGUGUUACAUGGAGGAUUGGUCAAUGACUCAGCUCAACAACCCCUUUACAUCUCCAGUUCCCAUAAUACCCAGCUAGCAGCUCCGUGCUGUCUCUGGAUGGAGACUAGCUAGUGUCUCCCCGGUGUAGUAUCUAAACGUGGCUAACUAUUUAGAAUUGAGGAAACAUGUCUGUCUUGUUAGCAAUAAUGAAAUUUUAGGUCAAAUCGGAAAUAUUCUGACCCGUCGCUCACCUUUUCUUUAGUUUCUGACCAGUCUGGUUUACAUGCUGCAUAGUGAGUGAUCGAUGUUUGAUGAACACCCAUGCUUUUUAUUGUCCGGUGUAUGUUUAUGGAAGUACAAGAGUGAAAUUUGAGGGGCAGCAGAAAGAUAUCCAGUACUUUCUCCAAGGGUCUUCUGUGUAACUAGUUUAGUGUGUAUGGGUGGGGCUAACGAGGUAGUAUGUUGCUUACGGAAUCAGAUCUGCACUAUGUACAGUAUGCAGGUGUACUCAACAUGAAUCAGUAACAGUGAGGAUGUUUGCUUCUAUACAGUCACAGGGGGUCGCAACCACAAGUUACCAGGCAGGGUUUUGUUUAUUAGGCAAUACACAGGAAUUCCUGCACGUGUCUGUAAAGCAUUUUUGUUUUAAAAUGUUUUGUCAGUGUUUCCUACUGAACAUGACCCUUGCACAUAGUGUAACUUAAUCAGGACUAUGCCCACCUACCCUAGUAAAUGAGUAGGGGACCACAAAUGUGACUAUUACGCAUGUUUAUAAAUGUACUCUGUUUUGAAGUGCUUGUAGGAAACAGGGUUUUUUGGAGGAGCUUUGCACAUGGCUCUUCUAACCAAACACCUCUUUUGAGGAAGGACAAGACAUUCCCUUAAUCUGUGACUUGUUUGCAGUGUAGUUGACGCCAAUAAAACGUUCCUAGCUGCCAAACAAAACACUUGAUUCCUGCCGGAUGGUUGCUGUAUGAUGCAGUAUCUGUGCACUUGAACAUCCAGGCAUGGAAAGCACUGACCAUAAGGCUGUUUUCUCUGCCCCUUUUCACCCCAAUGUUGGAUUCGCUACCCUCUUUUGGGUAGCAAGCUCAACAGUUCCUCUCA